UCUGUUAAAAAAUUUUGGGCUCAUACAAGUUCUUUUAGAACCUAUAAUGCUUCCACAGUCUGAAAAUAACCUUUUAAAUAGUGUUGAUAUAACUGAAAUAAAGAGAGCAGAUAUAAAAAGUAUUUGUGAGACUGCAAGAUAUUCAUCAAAUUCAUUCUGUGAAUUAAUAGUUGGCAGAUUAUUAAAUAUAUUAAAAAGUUUAGAUUUAUAA